UCUGCUAGGCGUUUUAUCUCGUGACCAAGGGAUAUUUACCUUGAUAACCAGUCGUCUAUUAAAAAUGUGAGUCAUCAAGGGAAGCUUUACUUUCCCUCCAGAUUUGACCUCUGACCUGUGACAGGAGGAGCUCAGAUAUCGCAGAGUUUCGGCAGUUGACAGACGUCCGAUACCACCGCAGAGGAGAGACGCAGAGUGUAGGAAGAGAAAAACAGAGAUACAUACAGACAGUUAACCGGAGUUAAGGGAAUUAAUGCCAAGUCUCCAAAAUCUUUUCUUGACUGUAUGAUUUAUUUAUAUUUACCAACAAAGAUGAACCCGAUGUCAGUCUGCAGCGUCUGCCUCUUGUCUCUGGUGGUGACGAUAUCGUCCACAUGGUUGAUGGGUGUGGAAGGCCAGUCCUCUUGGUACUCUAACCCAAACUUCAUCCAGAGCGGGAAUUCCGGAGUCGUGCUGAAAGAACGACAACCUGCCUCAGCCAUCAGCUCACAGAACGCAGCCAUGUAUGUACCUCAGCAACGGUACAGCAGCGCCACCUUCAGUGGGUUUCCUAUACCUGACCGCUACCACUUUCUUGGCAACCCAUCUCCUGGUGUCGUUAACAUUCUCUUGGACUACCGCGGACCGCCACCUAGCGUCGUGGUGGUCGACCCUCAGCGCUCUCUAUCGACUGGUUGGUCAGGUCCCAAGGAUAAUGGCUAUAGGUACGGGAUCCCACCACAUUUGCCGUCUAGGGUUCCGUUCGGAUACUUCUCACGCAUGCCGCCAGUACAGAUCAUUAGACCAUAUUACGACUUCUACAAUGAUCGACCGGCUGUAGUCCUCAAGAGUCCCACCAGAUCAGCAGUCACUUACUGAUGUGCUGCCAUCUAGCGUUUAGUUAUGGGUGACAUAUUGAGUAUGAUGCUUUUAGUAAGGGUCGUUCACAGUAUAUAGGCCUACCGGUAUUGAUUGAAGCAUCAGUGUUGCAAAUCGAAGGCUUAUUCAUAGUUGAUAUUUGAAAUGAUGUUAUUUAUUUCGUAAUCGAUUAAGGACAAUGAAAUGGGCUGAAAGAUUUGUCAUGGUAAAAACUGAGCAGACGAACAUGCUACUUCGAUCAUACUUCCUUUGUCUUGUUCAUGUCCGUCUUUCAUUUCGUGAGAUGUUUCGUUGCGAUAACUGUGAAAAUGUUAGUGUACCAUAACUACGUACAUUAUAACUACUUUACAUUCAUUUUCCUUUUUGAUUUAUGUCAAUUUAAAGAGAAGACUUGAGAAAUAAAAAAAAAUACUUCAGAUAACGUAAGUGAGAUAACGCCCACUUCAUUUCGUGUGUAUCGACAGCAAAUUAUGUUAUUUUAUCUGAAAGUAGAUCUACCAGACUAAUUUUGUUUUCACUUCACGUAAGACUGUUCCAAAUUAAUGACCUAUCAUAAAGAAUCUGUCUGCGAUCUCAGAUAGAAACGACAAAGAAUGCAGAAAAUGUGCUCAAUUUGCAUAAUGUUAGACCUACAGAUAGUUUAGAAUAUAUAUCACAUACUUUCAUCGGAAAAUGAAUUUUUCCAUUAAACCUUUUUAAUUCGUUAUUCUAUAUCUAUCGUUUCGCCGGUCUGGCAAUGGGCCGCAGUUUAGUCACAUGUUCUAUUUGUCGGUUAAAAAGGUUUUUUUUUUGUAAUGAUAAAUUGGUGCAGAGCGCGGAACUGAAAGGUUGUGGUCAUGUUUAAUAAAUCGUUGCUUUUUAAACGAUGUCAGUUUACUAAUGUGGAUUAUUUAAGGGGAGAUAUGAAUAUCAUGAUUCAGUAGAGUAUAAUGGUGAUUGCUGUGCACAUUUAUUAAAUCUGAGUAAAGUACAAUGUCUUGUACAUACAUGGUUUCUACAUGCGGUCUUCUUGAACGUUGAAAUAAAUUAUUACUAUUGUUUCAUAAAGCAUAUUGAUAAAUGUCGUUUUUUUAUCAUGCAUCAUAUUUGGAAGAUAUGCCUAAUUAACAGCAGUCGUUUAGAUAACUUUAUAUUUUAAAUAAAUCUACAUUUAUGUACACGGAGCAAAAGAGAGUAGGGAAGAGAAGAGAUAGAGGGAAGAAAGAGAAUUCAGCAAAUCAGUAAUGAAUUCAUGUAUAUGUAGUCGACAUUUAGCUGAGUAGGAAAAUCGUAUAUCUGAUUCUCGAUACUAGUGCUAAAGAUAAUCGCAUGCGUUGUUAUGUAAUUAAAAUUUCAUUAUCUAUAUAAAUUACGACUUUCGUCUCACGCUAUGACGAUCUCAGAUAAGUUUAUCUGAAGAUUUCGUUUAAGGGUUUU